AUGCCCAGUGGAUAUAAUAGCGGGCCGAAAGCCCUAGUAUCCCCUACAAAUUCCCUACACCCCUCGCCCGCCUCUCAGUAUUCCUCCCUGCAGUAUGCAAAAGCCGGCUCCUCCAAAUCCGCUCCCCGCCCAAGACUGAAAUCGUCCCACCAGCGUACCUUCAUGUCCGACUCGGAUUCCGACCUCACUCCUGCUUCUUCCGACGAAGACGAGGAAGACGAUAGGUAUGAAAGUCUGGUGACACCGAGGAAAGGGGCGCACAAGGGGCGACCGUCUACUGCCGGUGGGGGUUCGGGGAGUGUGCAGAAGAGUGCUACAAAGAAAGCGGCACCGAAAAAGGGCAAAAAUCCGCAAGCGAAAAAGAAGAGCCAUUCAUCGAAAGAUAUCAAUACCAAGACGACUACGGGUCCUUCGGGGAGAGACAAGAAGAAGGCUAUCAAGCUCGAAGACUCGGAAAUCAGAAGAGCGAGGGAUGCCAAGUUUGAUGUGGACCAGGACUUCGGAGAUGGAGUUACUCCCACACAAAGCGCCUCCCAACACCGCUCGAUACACGAAGAUGAUGCCUCGUCGUAUGGAGACGACGAGUCAGAUCACGGAAUCACUGACGAGGAGCACACCAUUGCUGGCAUUCCGGAAGCCUUCAUUGGUCAGGAGAUUGAAGAUCUCGCAUACGGUGCAGGAGACUUGGAUGCAGAGAUGGCAUUCUGGGGAGGAGCAGAAGACGGAUCCGACGACGAAGACGAAGAAAUGUACAUUGACCAACUAUCCGGAUCCGAAGCCGACCGACAAUCACAAUCCUCUGUAUCAAUUCGCGACUCUGACUCGUCCACAGACGACGAGACAGAUGAUGAAGUACUCGACGAGUUCGGCUUUCCGGUCGCUUCUGCCCCGCACUUGCCGUUGGAACUGGCAGAGAAUGGCGCAGAGGACCCGGGGCUGAUCCUUAUGGAAAACUGGGACGGGCAAUUCGUACUCGUGCAGCCUCGUGUUGAGCGGAGUCGUUCACGCCACCGCGGUGACAGAGGUUCUCGCACUGGCGCGUCUACCAAUGGCUCCGUUAUGUCCGGUACCGAGCUCCACAAUCUCACUAUCGACGCCGACGCUGCCGACCGAGAGUUCGAAUCUGACACUUCUUCAUGGAGCGGUUUGUCAGACGAGGACGACGGGGGCGACACCACCGACUCGAUGGCGGAGGAGGACAUGCCGAUGCUGGACAGCCCGGCGUUGAACGAAAUGAUGGAGCAUCAAAUGGCCGAUGCCGUUCUCAACAUGACGGUGGACGGGGGCGAUAUCAGCGGGAUGGUGUUGCCAGAGGCUGUUGCGAGUGUCCCCGGGCCAGCCAUCACUUUCACGGAAGCGGUCGGUGAGAUUACCCCUGCCUUGUCGACAACCUCCUCCUCCGCCCCCUUCGAAUCCAAUACACUCCCAACAACUCCCUCAUCUGCGGAGCCAACCCCCUCCGAGAUGCCAGCCCCCUCGAAUGUGCCUCAAAUGGGCACAUUCCAUCCCCCUACCGGUGACCCAGCCCAGCACGCCGUCAUUGACGGUUCGGGCCUCACCACCAAAUCACCCUUCACCCACCGCCGCCGCUCUCGCAGAAAUCGUGAUGCUGCCAGCUUGGCUUCCUCCAGAGAGGACAAGGAGCGUAAACGGAAAUCACAGAGUGACAUCUUCUCUCCCUCUGCCAUGUCUCCCUCCACACCCAAGCCGACUGCUUCUACCAAGUCCAAGAAGUUGAGGUACUCGUCCAUUCCUGGUCAUCCGCGCUAUGUCGCGGCUCGAAGGGCUGCUGAAGCGCUCAUGCCAGAAGAAGACCGGAAUACCACAACGGAUGACGAAGAGGAUGGGUUCAAUCUGGAAGAUAUGUUGGAGGAGGGCGUCCUCGUGGAUGGUGCUGGAGAGGGCCUUGAAGGCGAACCGGUGGCGGCCGAACAUCUGCGCCACAUGCUCAGAUUUGACAGAGUCGGUGUGUCGACAUAUCUCAGACGCAACUUUGGCACUCCCAACGCUGCUGCCGCUGUAGAACCCCGUGCUAGCUUCUCCCUCGGCGUUGCCAGUGCCUACCCCUCACCCGGAAACGCCCGUCUCGAUGAUACUCUCGUUGGGGCUAUGGGCGGGAGGAUGUUGAUGUCUCCCGUGUUGGGCCCUGUAGAGGAGGGGCGCGGCAGGAGCGGGAGGAAGAAGGAGAAGAAGAAGAGAAAACAGAGCGCUUCUGUCAUGCCUGAGCUGGCUAUAUGA